AUGGGUUUCCGAUCGUGGGACCUGUACGAGUAUCCGCUGUUACAGAGCACGACCAAGCAUUCAUGGGCGAUUAAGACCGCGACUCAGCUUGAGAAGCCGCGAUACGUCAUCUUUGCUCUGCAGACAGGUCGGAAGAACGUCAUGUCCGAGGACGUUACCAUAUUCGACGACUGCAAACUAACCAACGUGAAACUGCAUCUCAACUCGGAAUUUUAUCCAUACGAUGACUUGAAUGUGGAUUUCGAGAAGAACAAAACCGCCAUCCUUUAUGACAUGUAUUCACGUUUCCGUAGGGCUUAUUAUAACUGCAAUUGCGCCGAGGCAUACUUGACUCCUCCCAACUUUCUUCUUCGCGGACCUUUCGUGGUUAUCGAUUGUUCGCGACAGAAUGAGUCUGUCAAAAGUGCCACCGUGGAUGUGCGAUUGGAAUUUGAGUGCAAGGAGAAUGUACCGCCAAAUACAACGGCCUACUGUCUCAUCAUACACGAUCGCGUGGUCGAAUACAGCCCGUUGACUAACGUUGUACACAGAGUCACCUAA